UUUACCGCAAUUUCUCGACGCGUUUCACUCUACUCUCUCUCAUGGCGAUUUCGCCCUAAAUCUAAUCAAUCGAAUCCAUCAGACCUAGCUUUCGAAAUUAGAUUGUGGCUCACCGUCAUUUUCUCACCUCUUUUCUCCGGAAACUUCUCUUUUUGGCUGGGUAUGGCAAAGGUUGCUACUUGUGGUACUUUACCAUCAAAUUCUCAUCAAAUUGGUGGAGGUUCCCUCAACAUGGGCUCAACAGUGAAAAGGAAGACUCCAUCAGAGCUUAGAGGAGAACAGUUGAAGAGGACAAAUGUCAUAGAGCUUGUAGAUGAAUCUCUUGCUCCUUUACUUGGUUCUACAAGUGCUACUAGUGGAGCGGGUGAUGGGCUUAAGAAACCGGAUCUAUUGCGGAAUCCAAGAUACAUUGACACUCGUAUGGAUGAAGUGUAUCCUGCCAAAAAGUCCAGGUUUAGGAUGCUUUCUAAAAAAGAAAAUGAUAAGGGUAAUAGUUUGAGCGAGCAGCUUAGCAGCUUAAAGAAUCUUUCCACACUUUCAAAUAUUGCUGCCAAAAGAAGAGACCAGGCUUCAUGUUCUGUUCCUUCUGGAGGUUCAAACAAUGGUGAAGUGCAAGCUUGUCAAACAAUUGAAAAGUGUAGUCAAAGUAUGUUUCGUAGCGUUACUGAACUUUCAUUGGGUGGUGAAAGAUUAUCCAACUUGGCUACUGUUGACAUGGAUAAAGCGUUAAAAGGCCUGGUUGCAUGUGAGCCUGUUUCUGACUUUACUGCUGAUUCUUAUGGGAGAUCUGGCAAUAGUUCACCAUGUUCAGGAGAUUUUCACAGUGAAUGCCAUAUUCCUGGCCUGAAGGCUCCCCUGGAUUUGACAUUGAAAACUUAUAUGCGAGUCGUUUUGUCUUCAUCUGCAAAAAUGAUUCAUAGGUCAAUCAUGUGUGGUGUCUACAAUGGUUUGCCACAGUUCACAUCCCAUUCUGGUUGUUCUGAAGAUAGAAGCAACAUGGGGAUAACAUUGGCUUCCCAAAUCUCAAGUUCGAAGGCCUUGCAUUCAUGGGUUUACCCUCAGUCUUCCCUGCCACCUUCUCUUAUAUCUGUAUUGACCUCAUCAGCAAAAGAGGGAGUGGAAAUAGAUUUCUUAAGAAAACGACAGGUAGCCUGGGAAGACUCAUUUCAAAGUCUGUACUACUUGUUUCGGAAAAAUGCUUGCAGUAUCUUUUAUGUGUGUACUUCACAUUUUGUGGUGAUGUUCAUUGGUUCUGAAGGCUUGGGGAUAAACAAGCCCUUGUGUAAUGCUUACAUAUCCCAAUCAAGUAGAGGCUUGAGGUCGUUGCUGAAAGAGCAUGAUGUUUCUUUCACCAUGCCUCUUUGCAAAUCUAAGGUUGAACAAGUAACUACAGAAGAUCUGGUCGAGCUCUCAGAAAUUGAGAAGCAUAAUUUGGGCCAGACUCGACGGCCAAGUUCUUUGUCUGACAUUGAUAAUACUCCCCAAUCUUUGUUGGCCUUCAGCGACAAGAAUGUGCAUGCUUUAUAUGAUUUUUUAUUAAAUUAUAGAUCUUUCUUGACACUUUUGACUGCUGUGGAUGUUCCUGUAUUAUAUUCACCCGUGCCAUUCCAAAAUGCUGCUGUUUUGGCCCCAGAGAUUAGCUGCUCAGAGAUUUCUAAUCCUAAAAGAUCUGUCACAAAGGAUGGGGAGGCCAUGCAAGGAUCUUCUGGUUUCUGCUGUAGCAUUGAAAUUAAGGAUGCAUAUCUUCCGCCAUGGAUUAUCUGCAAUAUAUGUUCAUUCAUGGGCUCGGAAGGGAAAAACUUUGAGGCGAGCUUUACAACUGAGCGUACCUCAGUUGGCUUGAAUGUUGCACUCGGGCCAGUUUGUGAGAAAUCUAAUGCUCAAGCCACAGAAGACGAAAGCUUGCAGCUAACCAACCCUAUUUUUGGUGUUCCCGAAGCUAUUGUUACACCUUACUUGCGAUCAGGAUAUUUAAAAAGCUUGAAACAUUCCGAGGGUUCAUAUACAGCUUCUCUAUCUCCUGUGUAAUGUACUGUUCUGUUUCUAGCAGAGAUACAACAAUAUGAAAUUAUGUUUAUUGAAUGAUGUCAAUGCCAAAUUGACUUGUUAAUUGAAUUUUGUAUUUUCAAGAAUUAUUCAAGCUUUUGUAAUGGAGAAAUUCGCCAUGAAAGAAAUUCAUUCAUUGCAGGA